AUGGUAACAUGGUCGGCAAAAGUGUUGAUACUCGCUGGCGCACCCGAGAGUGCUGCCCUUGACUGGGCUUCCACCGAGUUGCUCUCGGACUUUCAAGGCGCCAUUGCUUGGUUCCUCGACAGCGAUGCACACCACAAGCUUUUUUCAGUGAUACCCUCUCCCCAUGAGUCUGCUGCUUGGCGAUCGCUCUCCUUGGACAGGGCGAGUUUGCCGUCAAGUUUUCCACGGCAGUAUACCUUCGAUCCUCACUACCCGAGCUCCAAAUUCUUCACUACCGCCCCCGUCUCCUUUUCGUCCGACGUCGACGGUGAGAACAGUUCUGUGCUGUCGCAGUUCUACGAGCAUUCCAUAGCUGCAUACCAGGAUUUGCCAUCCUCUCAUCUCCCUCCCAGCUCUGGCGGACAGACGACAUCAUUCAUGAGCGACGGCACUACUUCUCUCUUGGAUGGAAGUGGGAGCCAGCCCGAGCCUCUCAGAGAGCCGUUGGCGCUCCGAGGAGGCGAUAGUAUUACUGACCUCGACAAUAUCCCUUCGGCGCCAUACCUUAUCAAAAUCCUACCCCAGACAGUGACCUGCAACAUAAUAGUAGGAAUUAUCUCCAUCUCGCAGCCGCGGGAGGUGAAGACCCGCUGGGGUGCCACGAAACACUUAGUUGAGCUCCUUGUUGGCGACGAAACCAAGGCCGGUUUCUCCAUCACAUACUGGCUGCCGUCUGACGACCAUGCUGAGAGCCCACUCUCGGACUUGCGGCCCCGAGACGUCAUCCUGGUGCAGAACGUGGCUUUGAACGUGUUCACAAAGAAAGUCUACGGGUCCAGCCUAAGGAAGGAUCUCACAAGGGUAUAUCUAUUGUACCGAGCGAGGCUAGAUACCCAAGACAAAGCCGGGUAUUACAGCAGGCUUGACCUUGCAGCUCCUGAUAGCGCCCAUCCGCAGCUACAAAAGACUCGGCGAGUUCGAGAUUGGGUCCGCAAUUUCGUUGGCCACGGGGGCCACGAUCGCUCCAAAGCGGAUUCCAAGCCUCGCUGGGAUAGGCCGCCCGCCGACGAUACUCAAGUGAAUUGA